GGGAGGGCGGCGCCGGCAGGUUGGCGGCUGCCGCUAUUUGAGCGCAGGUCCCGGGCCAGGCACUCAAAGCGCUUGGAGCCAGCGCGGCGGGGAGAUCGUAGCGCGCAGCCCGCAGAGGCGCUGCGGCCAGUGCAGCCCCGGAGGCCCCACGCGGAAGAAGGAGGUGGAAAAGAGGCCAGCUUGCCUCCCGCAGCCCGCCGCCCGCGCCCCCCCCCCCCAGCCCGCCGCCGCCGCCGCCGUCCCCCCCCCCCCCUCCCCGCGGCGCCGCAUCUUGAAUGGAAACAUGGCGGUGCCGGCUCGGACCUGCGGCGCUUCUUGGCCCGGCCCGGUGCGGACCGCGCGCCCCUGGCCCGGUCGCGGCCCCCGGCCCUUCCCUGACCCCCGGGACCCAGCGUCCGGGCCCGCACGCCCGCUCUUGCUAUUGCUGCCGCCGCUGCUGCUUUUACCACUGCUCACCGCCCCCGGCGCCUCUGCCUACAGCUUCCCCCAGCAGCACACGAUGCAGCACUGGGCCCGGCGCCUGGAGCAGGAGAUUGAUGGUGUAAUGCGGAUAUUUGGAGGCGUGCAGCAGCUCCGAGAGAUCUACAAGGACAAUCGGAACCUGUUCGAAGUACAAGAGAAUGAACCCCAGAAAUUGGUGGAGAAGGUGGCAGGGGACAUCGAGAGCCUGCUAGACAGGAAGGUGCAGGCCCUGAAGAGACUGGCCGACGCGGCAGAGAAUUUCCAGAAAGCUCACCGCUGGCAGGACAAUAUCAAGGAGGAAGACAUCAUAUACUAUGACGCCAAGGCUGAUGCUGAACUGGAUGACCCUGAGGGUGAAGAUGUGGAGAGGGGAUCCAAGACCAGCACACUAAGGCUGGACUUCAUGGAAGACCCAAACUUCAAGAACAAAGUCAACUAUUCAUACACGGCUGUGCAGAUCCCCACGGACAUCUACAAAGGCUCUACCGUCAUCCUCAAUGAGCUUAACUGGACCGAGGCCCUGGAGAAUGUCUUCAUCGAGAACCGUAGGCAAGACCCUACCCUGCUGUGGCAGGUCUUCGGCAGUGCCACAGGAGUCACCCGCUAUUACCCAGCCACACCAUGGCGAGCCCCCAAGAAGAUUGACCUGUAUGACGUCCGAAGACGACCCUGGUAUAUACAGGGGGCCUCGUCCCCCAAGGACAUGGUCAUCAUUGUGGACGUGAGUGGCAGCGUGAGCGGCCUGACUCUGAAGCUGAUGAAGACAUCCGUCUGUGAGAUGCUGGACACACUCUCCGAUGAUGACUACGUGAACGUGGCCUCAUUCAACGAGAAGGCGCAGCCUGUGUCUUGCUUCACACACCUGGUGCAGGCCAAUGUGCGUAACAAGAAGGUCUUCAAGGAAGCCGUGCAGGGCAUGGUGGCCAAGGGCACCACAGGCUACAAGGCCGGCUUUGAGUAUGCCUUUGACCAGCUACAGAAUUCCAACAUCACUCGGGCUAACUGCAAUAAGAUGAUCAUGAUGUUCACGGAUGGGGGCGAAGAUCGUGUGCAAGAUGUCUUCGAGAAAUAUAAUUGGCCCAACCGGACGGUGCGCGUGUUCACAUUCUCUGUAGGGCAGCAUAACUAUGACGUCACACCUCUGCAAUGGAUGGCCUGCACUAACAAAGGUUACUAUUUUGAGAUCCCUUCCAUCGGAGCCAUCCGCAUCAACACACAGGAAUACCUAGAUGUGUUGGGCAGGCCCAUGGUACUGGCAGGCAAGGAAGCCAAGCAGGUGCAAUGGACAAACGUGUAUGAGGAUGCACUGGGACUGGGGUUGGUGGUAACUGGGACUCUCCCUGUUUUCAACCUGACACAGGAUGGCCCUGGGGAAAAGAAGAACCAGCUAAUCCUGGGUGUGAUGGGCAUCGAUGUGGCCCUGAAUGACAUCAAGAGGCUGACUCCCAACUACACCCUUGGCGCUAAUGGCUAUGUGUUUGCUAUUGACCUGAACGGCUACGUGUUGCUACAUCCCAACCUCAAGCCCCAGACUACCAACUUCCGGGAGCCUGUGACCCUGGACUUCCUGGAUGCAGAGCUGGAAGAUGAAAACAAGGAGGAGAUCCGUCGCAGCAUGAUUGAUGGCAACAAGGGCCACAAGCAGAUCAGGACAUUGGUCAAGUCCCUGGAUGAGAGGUACAUAGAUGAGGUGAUUCGGAACUACACCUGGGUGCCUAUAAGGAGCACCAACUACAGCCUGGGGCUGGUGCUCCCACCCUACAGCACCUUCUACCUCCAAGCCAACCUCAGCGACCAGAUCCUGCAGGUCAAGUUGCCAAUCAGCAAACUGAAGGAUUUUGAGUUCCUGCUCCCCAGCAGCUUUGAGUCUGAAGGACAUGUUUUCAUUGCUCCCAGAGAGUAUUGCAAGGACCUGAAUGUCUCAGACAACAACACUGAAUUCCUGAAAAACUUCAUUGAGCUCAUGGAGAAAGUGACUCCAGACUCGAAGCAGUGCAAUAACUUCCUUCUGCAUAACUUGAUUUUGGACACGGGCAUUACACAGCAGUUAGUAGAACGUGUGUGGCGGGACCAAGAUCUCAACACGUACAGCCUGCUAGCCGUAUUUGCUGCCACGGAUGGCGGCAUCACACGUGUCUUCCCCAACAAGGCAGCCGAAGACUGGACAGAGAACCCUGAACCCUUCAAUGCCAGCUUCUACCGCCGCAGCCUGGAUAACCACGGUUAUGUCUUCAAGCCCCCACACCAGGACUCCCUGUUAAGGCCACUGGAGCUGGAAAAUGACACGGUGGGUGUCCUCGUCAGCACAGCUGUGGAGCUGAGUCUAGGUCGUCGCACACUGAGGCCAGCAGUGGUGGGUGUCAAACUGGACCUAGAGGCUUGGGCCGAAAAGUUCAAGGUGCUUGCCAGCAACCGCACCCAUCAAGACCAACCUCAGAAGCAGUGCGGCCCCAGCAGCCACUGUGAGAUGGACUGCGAGGUUAACAAUGAGGACCUACUCUGUGUCCUCAUCGAUGACGGAGGAUUCCUGAUACUGUCAAACCAGAACCAUCAGUGGGACCAGGUUGGCAGAUUCUUCAGUGAGGUGGAUGCCAACCUGAUGCUGGCCCUCUAUAAUAACUCAUUCUACACCCGAAAGGAAUCCUAUGACUACCAGGCAGCCUGUGCCCCACAGCCUCCUGGAAACCUGGGUGCUGCACCCCGGGGUGUCUUUGUGCCAACCAUUGCAGACUUCCUUAACUUGGCCUGGUGGACCUCUGCUGCCGCCUGGUCCUUAUUCCAGCAGCUACUCUACGGCCUCAUCUACCACAGCUGGUUCCAGGCAGACCCGGCAGAAGCCGAGGGCAGCCCCGAGACGCGCGAGAGCAGCUGCGUCAUGAAGCAGACCCAGUACUACUUCGGCUCGGUGAACGCGUCCUACAACGCCAUCAUCGACUGCGGAAACUGCAGCAGGCUGUUCCACGCGCAGAGACUGACCAACACCAACCUUCUGUUCGUGGUGGCUGAAAAGCCGCUGUGCAGCCAGUGCGAGGCGGGACGGCUGCUGCAGAAGGAGACACACUGCCCAGCGGACGGCCCGGAGCAAUGUGAACUGGUGCAGAGACCGCGGUACCGAAGAGGCCCUCACAUCUGUUUUGACUACAACGCCACGGAAGAUACCUCAGACUGUGGCCGCGGAGCCUCCUUCCCGCCGUCGUUGGGCGUCCUGGUUUCCCUGCAGCUGCUGCUCCUCCUGGGCCUGCCGCCUCGGCCACAGCCUCAAGUUCACUCCUUUGCUGCCUCUCGCCGCCUCUGAGCGACCCCCCCCCCCCAAACACACACACACACACCAUACCCCCGCCUUGGCCUCCUACUCUUUCGCUCACCCUCCCAUCCCCCUCAUCCCACAGUCCACAACCUAGCGCCUGGGCCACUCCCUCACUGAAGGACCUGGGCCCCUCCCCCCAGAGCCUGUGCCUUGGGGCAGGGGAGCCCCAAAGUAGGGUGUCAUGGUGUUUGGCACUCAAGAUUUAUCUUACCCCUGAACUGUCCAAGUGCCCACAGACCCCGGACUCAUCUCCGUGGGCUGGGACAAGGAGGCCACAAGUACUGGUGCCAAACCAGGCCUCCACCUACCAACCUGCCUGGAGAUUUCCUCUGUGUAGGCAACCCUGCCUCUGCUGGGUGCCCCUAACCUGACCCUUUGGCCCCACCCACGCUCAAACUCACCUUCUCUGGGGAAAAUAAUGGAAGAAGAGAGGUAGUAGUGGUGAGAGAGAUUCUGGGGCAGCCCCCCAUAGGCUCCUGCUCCUUUCAGACCUACAACCACAAACCCACGCCCCAGCCUUGCAGAUGUCAGGACAGUCUCACAAUGACAUCAGUUCGAACACAUCCCAUACACACCUGGACCCCUGAAAGCAGAAACUGGACUCUCAUUAGACAUACCCCAGAGGGAGCACACCAACGGACAUGGGCACACACCAUGGGGGGCCCACAAAGCCUUACACAGGGCAGAAGUCAGGGAGAGGGUAGGCCUGUGCCUUCCAUCUCUGUUCCCCUCUGCCUACACUCGGAGAUGAUGCAGCCCGGCUGGCCCUCCCAUCUCUAAAGCUGAAUGUCAGACAGUGCCAAAUGCUGGGGAAGGCCUCUUUGUUUCACCCCUAGCCACCAGUGUUCCCUCCAGUCCCCCUCUCCCUGCGAGGUGCUCAUUAUGUCCAUUCCUCACUAGUGUCAGGACCCUAGUAGGACCACGCAUCACUGCCUGAACCCCUUUAGCAGAAGAACCCCUCCAGACAUUGCUCUUUGCCUUAGCAGGGGUGACUUGGUCUCUCCUGGCUGGGCCAUCCCACCCCCAAUCUGGUUCUUACACACCCAGGCCCAACUCUUUGUUCCUUGUAAACACGCGCACAUGCGCGCGCGCACACACACACACACAAACACUCCCUCCCUUAGGAGGCCAAAUUGCCCCUCCCUUGCUGAACACACACUUCUACCGUGCACACACGUAAACGCUGUGCGUGCGCACACACACACACACACACACACACGAGUCUGGGCCUGGACAUAUCUCUUCACACGAUUCAUCCAUGUCAUCUCCCAAAGGCAUCCCAACCUGGGGCCAAUAGGGGACUGAGGGCCGGGGGGUGUAGCCAUGAGGCUCAGCUGGACCGGGAGGAGGGGGGAGGGUGAUGCAUUAAUUAAUGGCUUCGUUAAUUAAUGUCACGUUGCUUGUUGCUUUCUCAGUGUGCGUAUGGUCCAUGCCCAAUGCUGGUGACAGGGUGGGCAUCCAUGAUGUGUGCCCAGCCUGGAUGUCCGCUGUGUCCAGUGGGGGGGGGCGUGUGUAACUGUAGUGUAGUCAGGUGCUCAAUGGAGAAUAUAAACAAAAAAGAAACAAACGUAUACAGAAAAAUAAGUAUAUAUUUUAAGUUUAAAAACAACAGUCCCCAUCAAGUAGUUGUCCGUCCCCCGGCUGGGUCCAUUCCUCUCAUCCGCCCGCCUGACCUGGCUGUCCUCUCACCUUGAGCUGAGGGACUUGGGGGGCCAUUUCCUUUACUUUGCCCUUUUUUUGUUGUUAUUCUAUUUUGUACAGACAAGUUGGAAAAACAACAGCGACAAAAAAAAGUCGAGAAACUUUGUAAAAUAUCGUGUGUGUGAUUCCUUGUAAAAUAUUUUCAAAUGGUUUAUUACAGAAGAUCAGUUAUUAAAUAAUGUUCAUAUUUUCACUUCAAA